CCGAAGCCCGCUGCAGCCAAUCACCGCCGCCCAUUUCCAAAUUAAUCAGCCCUCAAGGGCAGGAUUUACCUCAGCGCUCCAGGGCUUCAAAUCCCAAACCAUCUCCUCUACACUCCACUCCAUCCUCCCCCAUCCCAUCCAGCCCACCAUGCAGAAGUUCGCGAGGCUGGGCCGCCUCGGCCAGAACCUCGUCCAGAGGAGGCAAUUGGCUACCAUCAGUGAUGCUCCCCUCUCCAAGAAGGUCGAAAUGACAAACUGGGAGAAGGGCCACUUCAUCAACUACCAGAAGAUGAGCGAGAACUUGGGCAUCGUGCGCAACCGAUUGAACCGCCCGCUCACCUUCGCCGAGAAGAUUCUCUACUCUCACUUGGACGACCCCCACAACCAGGACAUUGAGCGUGGCUCCAGCUACCUCAAGCUCCGCCCCGACCGUGUGGCCUGCCAGGAUGCCACCGCUCAGAUGGCCAUCCUGCAGUUCAUGUCGGCUGGCAUGCCCUCUGUCGCUACCCCGACCACCGUCCACUGUGACCACUUGAUUGAGGCCCAGGUUGGCGGUGAGAAGGAUUUGGCCCGCGCCAACGACAUCAACAAGGAGGUCUACGACUUCCUGUCCACUUCUUGCGCCAAGUACAACAUCGGUUUCUGGAGACCCGGCUCUGGUAUCAUUCACCAGAUCGUUCUCGAGAACUACGCUUUCCCCGGUGCUCUGUUGAUCGGAACCGACUCUCACACACCAAACGCCGGUGGCCUGGGAAUGGCUGCCAUUGGUGUUGGAGGUGCUGACGCUGUCGAUGUCAUGGCUGGUCUUCCUUGGGAGUUGAAGGCGCCCAAGGUCAUUGGUGUCAAGCUCACUGGCGAGCUCUCUGGCUGGACUGCUCCUAAGGAUAUCAUCCUCAAGGUAGCCGGUCUUCUCACAGUCAAGGGUGGAACUGGUGCUAUUGUUGAGUACCACGGCCCGGGCACUAACACCCUAUCGGCUACCGGUAUGGCUACCAUUUGUAACAUGGGAGCUGAAAUCGGUGCGACCACCUCGCUUUUCCCAUUCAACGAUCGCAUGUACGAUUAUCUCAAGGCCACCAAGCGUCAAGCCAUCGGUGAUUUCUCCCGCGAGUACGCCGCCGAGCUUCACGAGGAUGAGGGCGCCGAAUACGACCAGCUCAUCGAGAUCAACCUUUCAGAACUCGAGCCUCAUAUCAACGGCCCUUUCACUCCAGACCUAGCGACCCCUAUCUCCAAAUUUAAGGAGGCUGUCAAGGCGAACAAGUGGCCGGAAGAGCUCAAGGUUGGUCUGAUCGGCUCGUGCACCAACUCCUCUUAUGAGGACAUGACCCGCUCCGCCUCCAUCGCCAGGGAUGCUCUCGAUCAUGGUAUCAAAGCGAAAUCUCUAUUCACAAUCACACCAGGAUCCGAACAAAUCCGGGCUACUACCGAGCGAGAUGGGCUCCUCCAGACUUUCGAAGAGUUCGGAGGUAUGGUUCUUGCGAACGCCUGCGGACCCUGCAUCGGUCAAUGGGAUCGUCGCGAUGUCAAGAAAGGCGAACCCAAUUCGAUCAUCUCAUCCUACAACCGUAACUUCACUGGACGUAACGACGCUAACCCCGCUACCCACUCGUUUGUCACGUCGCCCGAUCUUGUCGUUGCUAUGACCAUCGCCGGUACUCUCAACUUUAAUCCUUUGGAAGAUACGUUGUUAGAUAAGGAUGGCAAGGAGUUCAAGCUCAAGCCCCCAUCUGGUCUUGGUCUCCCCACCAAAGGUUACGACGCUGGCCAGAACACCUACCAAGCUCCUCCCGAGGACCGCGCUUCCGUUAACGUCGCUGUGUCCCCUACCUCCGACCGCCUUCAAAUCCUUGAGCCAUUCAACGCUUGGGACGGAAAGGAUGCGAAGGACUUGCCCAUCUUGAUCAAGACCCAGGGCAAGACCACCACUGACCAUAUCUCCAUGGCUGGUCCUUGGUUGAAGUACCGUGGCCAUCUCGACAACAUCUCCAACAACAUGCUUAUCGGCGCCAUCAACGCUGAGAACGGCGAGGCCAACAAGAUCAAGAACAACUUGACUGGUGGAUACGAUGCUGUCCCCGCUGUCGCCCGUGACUACAAGAAGAAUGGUAUCCGAUGGGUCGUCGUUGGUGACUGGAACUACGGAGAGGGAUCUUCCCGUGAGCACGCUGCUCUCGAGCCCCGUCAUCUCGGAGGUCUUGCCAUCAUCACCCGUUCAUUCGCUCGUAUCCACGAGACCAACUUGAAGAAGCAGGGUAUGCUUCCCUUGACCUUCAUCAAGCCUGAGGACUACGACAAGAUCGGCCCCAACGACACUGUUGACCUCCUUUGCACCGAGCUUGCUGUUGGCCAGCCCAUGACCCUCGUCGUCAAGCCCGCUGAUGGAAGCAAGUCCUUCGACAUCAAGCUUGCGCACACCUUCAACGAGGGCCAGAUCGAAUGGUUCAAGAACGGUAGCGCUCUCAACACCAUGGCCAAGAAGAACUAA